AUGAAAAACUUGUAUCUACUCGUAUCUAUUCAUCAUGUUUUUUCAUACCUUUUUUACUUGAGCGUCUUUUCAAGUACGUUCUUCUUUACUUUUCAGCAUGUGCUCAUAGCAUCAGCGGUAAUCGUUUGCGUGUAUGCACGAGUAUUCACAUACCUGCGUCCUGUGGACCAUCAGCCGUCAGCGACCUUCUUCCAGCCAAAGAUUACCUACGACGUGCACCACCAUAUACCUGAAGAUGAGCACGUUGAUUACUACGCAUACCCGAAAUAUGUGUUUAAAUACGGAGUGAAUGAUUUUCACACUGGUGAUAUCAAAACGCAUCACGAGAGUAGAGACGGAGACGUCGUCAAAGGUCAAUAUACGUUAGUGGAGCCCGAUGGCUCAAUCCGCACCGUGGACUACACGGCCGACAAGCACAGCGGGUUCAAUGCAGUGGUACACAAAACAGCACCCCUAUCACCCCACGACGGCCAUCUUUAACAUUUUACUAAGCUACCUGUCAACUUAGUGUGAAAAUUGUUAGAGAUCUAAACAAAACCUUCCAACGAUCUCCGUGAGUGCUCUUACAAACGAAUUGCAUGUUGCGGUACAUAUUCCGUCAAAUAAACUGAACUCUGACUUGAAUUGACGCAUGUGGG